CACACAAGAGCCGAGCAAAGGGAGCGUAAACCACCACGAGCACAAGAAUGAGAUCCCUGGUCUCGGUGUCCGCGGCCGCGCUGGUCCUGGCCGCCGUCCUCGCCGCCGCGCCGCGGCUCGCGGGGGGCACGGACGAGUGCGGCGCCACCCCCCCGGAGCAGGAGGCCCUGAAGCUGAUGCCGUGCAUAGCGGCGGGGAAGGACCCGGACUCCCAGCCCUCGGACCGCUGCUGCGCGGCGGUGCAGGAGAUCGGGGAGAGCAGCCCCGCGUGCCUCUGCGCGGUGCUGCUCUCCAAGAUCGUGCGCCGGGUCGGGGUCAAGCCGGAGGUGGCCAUCACCAUCCCCAAGCGCUGCGACCUGGCCGACCGCCCCAUCGGCUACAAGUGCGGCGACUACACCAUGCCCAGCCUGCAGCUGAAGGACUGAUCGACGGUUUACCAGCACCAAAGCGGUUAAAUAAAGCUAGUAAGUUCGUGUCUCCGUAUGCAGACACCAGUACAUUGUAUGGAGUGUUCAAAAAAGACCAUAUAUUCUUUUCUUUUUGUGGGAUUAAAUAAGGCUGAUGAUUCUGUGUGUAUACAAAUUCCUAUAAUCCCAAUGGUAACGUGCGGGUAUCCGCUAGCAAAGGUAGAAGCUGAAACACUGUCACGCUGAUCAAGGCUUACUCCUGUGUAUGAAAUCAUUCGACAAAUUUGAAUAAGGAAAUAUAUUAUACUACAUCUGUAAAAAAAAUAUAAGAACGUUUAUAGAUCACUAAAGAGAAAUACUACAUACUACUAGCAACAAAAGUGUAAAAGCAAUGAGAUAUUGGCCCUGCGCCUGAACGCUUUGGCGACGUGUCAACACACUGUGCUACACGCAGUCCGUACGUACUCAAUGGCACAGCGAUGGCUACUUGUCACCU